CCAGCUAUGCGGGGUCCUGCGGCCGCGGCUGGCGGCACUUCCUGGAGCGGCAGCGGCAGCAGCAGCGGCAGCGGUAGCGGUCGCUUCUCCAGCACCUGGGCGUGGGGCGCGGGGGCGCGCGGCACUGGGCGGACAGAGCGCACGCACGCGCCAUGAGCGCGGCGGGCAGUAUAGAGCCGGUGUGCUAAGUGAGCCCCGGCCGCCGGCCCGGCAUGGGCGUCUCCCGCGGGCCCGCAGCCGGCCGGGGCUAGGGCCGGAUGGAGCCGCGGGAGUGCAGCCCCGAGGCCCGGAGCAGCGACUCCGAGUCGGCUUCCGCCUCGUCCAGUGGCUCCGAACACGACGCGGGUCCCGAGCCGGAUAAGGCGCCACGGCGCCUCAGCAAGCGGCGCUUCCCGGGGCUUCGACUCUUCGGGCACAGGAAAGCCAUCACCAAGUCGGGCCUCCAACAUCUGGCACCCCCUCUUCCCACCCCUGGGGCCCUGUGUGGUGAAUCUGAGCAGCAGAUCCGGAGCACUGUGGACUGGAGUGAGUCAGCAACGUAUGGGGAGCACAUCUGGUUUGAGACCAAUGUAUCCGGUGACUUUUGCUAUGUUGGGGAACAGUACUGUGUGGCUAAAAUGCUGCAGAAAUCAGCAUCCAGAAGAAAGUGUGCAGCCUGCAAGAUUGUUGUGCACACCCCAUGCAUUGAACAGCUGGAGAAGAUAAAUUUCCGCUGUAAGCCAUCCUUCCGUGAAUCAGGCUCCAGGAAUAUUCGUGAGCCAACCUUCGUAAGGCACCACUGGGUACACAGGCGACGCCAGGAUGGCAAGUGUCGGCAUUGUGGGAAGGACACCUUAUGCCCAAGCCACCCUGUCCACCCUCAGGGCUUUCAGCAGAAGUUCACCUUCCACAGCAAGGAGAUCGUGGCCAUCAGUUGCUCCUGGUGCAAACAGGCGUAUCACAGCAAGGUGUCGUGCUUCAUGCUGCAGCAGAUCGAGGAGCCCUGCUCCCUGGGGGUCCAUGCAGCUGUGGUCAUCCCACCCACCUGGAUCCUGCGAGCCCGGAGGCCGCAGAAUACCCUCAAGGCCAGCAAGAAGAAAAAGAGAGCAUCCUUCAAGAGGAAAUCCAGCAAGAAAGGACCUGAGGAGGGCCGCUGGAAACCUUUCAUCAUCAGGCCCACUCCAUCACCCCUCAUGAAGCCCCUGCUGGUGUUUGUGAACCCCAAGAGUGGGGGCAACCAGGGUGCUAAGAUUAUCCAGUCUUUCCUCUGGUAUCUCAAUCCCCGGCAAGUCUUUGACUUGAGCCAGGGAGGACCUAAGGAUGCGCUGGAAAUGUACCGAAAGGUGCACAAUUUGCGGAUUCUGGCGUGCGGGGGUGAUGGCACAGUUGGCUGGAUUCUCUCCACCCUGGACCAGUUGCGCUUAAAACCACCACCCCCUGUGGCCAUCCUGCCCCUGGGUACUGGCAAUGACCUGGCCCGCACCCUCAACUGGGGCGGGGGCUACACAGAUGAACCUGUAUCAAAGAUCCUUUCUCAUGUAGAGGAGGGGAAUGUGGUGCAGCUGGAUCGCUGGGACCUCCGAGCUGAACCUAACCCUGAGGCAGGACCUGAGGAUAGAGAUGAGGGGGCCACUGACAGGCUGCCCCUGGAUGUCUUCAACAACUACUUCAGCCUGGGCUUUGAUGCCCAUGUCACCCUGGAGUUUCAUGAGUCUCGAGAGGCCAACCCAGAGAAGUUCAACAGCCGCUUUCGGAAUAAGAUGUUCUAUGCCGGAACAGCCUUUUCUGACUUCCUGAUGGGCAGCUCCAAGGACUUAGCCAAGCACAUCCGAGUGGUGUGUGAUGGAAUGGACCUGACCCCCAAGAUUCAGGACCUGAAACCCCAGUGCAUCGUUUUCCUGAACAUCCCCAGGUACUGUGCAGGCACCAUGCCCUGGGGCCAUCCUGGGGAGCACCAUGACUUCGAGCCCCAGAGGCAUGAUGAUGGCUACCUUGAGGUCAUUGGCUUCACCAUGACAUCCCUGGCAGCACUCCAGGUGGGUGGGCACGGCGAGCGGCUGACACAGUGCCGAGAGGUGCUGCUCACUACGGCCAAGGCCAUCCCUGUGCAGGUGGACGGUGAGCCCUGCAAGCUUGCAGCCUCACGUAUUCGAAUCGCCCUGCGUAACCAGGCCACCAUGGUGCAGAAGGCCAAGCGCCGGAGUGCUGCCCCAUUGCACAGCGACCAGCAGCCAGUUCCUGAGCAGCUGCGGAUCCAGGUGAGCAGAGUCAGUAUGCACGACUAUGAGGCCCUACAUUAUGACAAGGAGCAACUCAAGGAGGCCUCUGUGCCUCUGGGAACUGUGGUGGUCCCUGGAGACAGCGAUCUGGAGCUCUGCCGUGCCCACAUCGAGAGGCUCCAGCAGGAGUCCGAUGGUGCUGGAGCCAAGUCCCUGAUGUGCCACACACUGUCCUCUAAGUGGUGUUUCCUGGAUGCCAGCCAUCUCUUCCCAGCUACUACUGCCAGCCGCUUCUACAGGAUCGACCGGGCCCAGGAGCACCUCAACUAUGUGACAGAGAUCGCCCAGGACGAGAUUUAUAUCCUGGACCCUGAGCUGCUUGGGGCAUCGGCCCGGCCUGACCUUCCCACCCCUACCUCCCCUCUCCCUGCCUCCCCUUGCUCCCCUACACCCCGGUCACUGCAAGGGGAUGCUGCAUUGCCUCGAGGUGAAGAGCUGGUUGAAGCUGCCAAGAGGAAUGACUUCUGCAAGCUCCAGGAGCUGCAUCAAGCAGGAGGUGACCUCUUGCACCGGGACCAGCAGAGCCGCACACUCCUGCACCAUGCGGUCAGUACUGGUAGCAAGGAAGUGGUCCGCUACCUGCUGGACCAUGCCCCACCAGAGAUCCUUGAUGCUGUGGAGGAGAAUGGGGAGACCUGUCUACACCAGGCAGCAGCCCUAGGCCAUCGAACCAUCUGCCACUACAUUGUGGAAGCUGGGGCCUCCCUCAUGAAGACAGACCAGCAGGGAGACACUCCCAGGCAGCGAGCUGAGAAGGCUCAGGACACAGAACUGGCAGCCUACCUGGAGAACAGACAGCACUACCAGAUGAUCCAGCGGGAGGACCAGGAGACAGCUGUGUAGUUCAGAGGUCCAUGGAGCAGCCAGGGACACUACCAGAGGACUAGCACCCUCCUUGCCCAUCUUACUGCCACAUUCCAGUUGGAUGGCCACGGGGGGGGGGGGGGACCCUGCCCUAGGGAAGGAACCCCAUGCCACCACCCCCUGAGGAGCCACUCAGACCUAGAGCUGGACUCUGAAGAGCUGGACUCUACCUAUCCUCCAGUUUAUGGGGAACAGAAAACCUCACCACAGCAGAUGGAGGGGCAGGACAGGAGCUCAGCCCUGUCAGGGAGGCCGCCUCAGCAGGAGGUUUUGCAAGCUACCUGGUCCUUUGGAGCUUCUGGAAGCUUCUGGGCACCUAGCCCCCUUCCUCCCUGACCUAUCCACCCUGAGCCUCCUGGAAACUUAAAGAGCCUGCUGUAUUCACCUCCCCCUUUGCUGCUUGGCACUUACCCCAUGACCUUCCCCAUGUACCCAGUCAAUUUCGUUUUGGACUGUGUGGCCUGGGGUGGGGGAUAGGGCUCCCGCGGUGACAUGUUUACAGCUGGGUGUGACUCAGUAAAGUGGAUUUUUUUUUCCCCUU